AUGGCUUCUCAAAAUACCAAGAACACCAACGCCAAACGGGCUCUCCGGUCUCUCGCCAUUGCCAUCACCGUCCCCAUCUCACUAACCAUGUUCAUCAUUUUUAUGUUCGGCUCCGGCCGCAAGUAUCGUGUGCUAGCCAAGCCCCUUUGGUUUCCGCCUCUUUCGUUCAUACACCUGGCCUCCCUAGGGUCGUCUUUCCUAAUGGGCUUCGCGGCGUGGCUCGUGUGGGCGGACGGAGGAUUUCAUGCACAACCGGAUGCAUUGCUCCUCUACCUCACUCAAGUUUCGCUCAGCAUAGUGUGGGAUCCUCUCGUGCUCGUGAUCGGAGCAAGGUGGCUCGCAUUUGUGUUUUGUGCGGCCAACUUUGUGGCUCUUUUUGCUUGUUACAAGAUCUUCCGAGGGAUGAACGUGAAUCCGUUUGCCAAAGAUCUUGUUAAGCCUUGUGUGGCAUGGGCAGCUUAUCUAAGUAUUGUCACUUUUAAGCUUAUUUUUCUUUGA